AUGAGCAGAGCCGAGGGUGAGGUCAGAACAGAAACCAAGACAGAUGGACCCAGCGAGUGGAAGGUUGCAGACCUGGCUCGCGCGCUGAAGGUCGGCAGGGGACAUGGAGAGGAUCAAAAAGGUAUCUCUAUGUCAGGCCUGCUUAACGCCAUAGACGGCGUGGCGGCGCAUGAGGGUCGCAUACUUAUUAUGACCACCAACAAGCCCGAAACUCUCGAUGAAGCCCUUAUUCGCCCCGGUCGCGUGGCCUUUCGCAAUGCGACGCAGCAGCAGGCCAGUGAGCUGUUCCAGCGCUUGUACAGCACCGAACAAAGCGCUAGAUCCUCGCAGUGUUUGAGUCAACUCGACGCUACCGACAAAAAGGACGACCUGGAGAUUUCCAUCACCGAUGCAGAUGAGCUUAUUGAAAUGGCUGCCAAGUUUGGCUCCAAGAUCGUUUCAGACCAGAUGUCACCUGCCGAGAUCCAGGGCUUUCUGCUUAAGAGGAAAACGUGCCCACGCAAAGCUUUGCGAGAUGUUGAGGCCUGGGUUAAGACCUCGUUGGAUCACAAGGCGAGAAAAACGACUUCCGGCUGA